AUGUUUUUAGUCAAUUCAAAUUACUUUUUGCAGACCUUGAAAGGUAAGGUAAUCGCGAUCAGAAGGGAGGAUCAGUCAGUAUGGGAACGAAGAGCACCUUUAGCGCCUGCGAAUGUUCGUCGAUUAAUUAGAGCUGGGGUGAAGGUGAUUGUGCAGCCAAGUAACAGACGAGCUUAUCCUGCACAAUCAUAUCAAGCUGCUGGCGCCAUAUUACAAGAAGACAUUAGCACUGCCUCAGUGAUUUUUGGGGUGAAGCAGGUCCCCGUCGAUCAGCUUAUAUCUAAUAAAACCUAUUGCCUCUUUUCUCAUACUAUUAAGGCCCAGGAAAGUAAUAUGCCUCUUCUGGACGCCAUUUUGGAGAAAAAUAUACGUCUGUUGGAUUAUGAAAAAUUAACAGACGUUCAUGGACAGAGGGUGGUAGCUUUUGGGAAGUACGCUGGCGUAGCUGGCAUGGUGAAUAUAUUACACGGACUCGGAUUGAGAUUGCUGGCUCUUGGACACCACACACCAUUUAUGCACAUUGGACCAGCACAUAAUUAUAGGGACUCAGCAAUGGCGCGACAAUCAAUACGAGAUGCAGGGUACGAAAUAGCACUAGGUGCCAUGCCGAGAUCCAUUGGGCCGUUGACCUUUAUUUUCACUGGCAGCGGUAAUGUUAGCCAAGGUGGUCAAGAGGUCUUCCAGGAACUUCCACAUGAAUACGUACCUCCAGAAAUGUUGAAGAAAGUCGCUGAACACGGCGAUACGACAAAGGUGUAUGGGUGCGAGGUAAGACGAAGGCAUCAUCUAGAAAGGAAAGAAGGAGGUGGUUUUGAUUCUGACGAAUAUGAUAAGCAUCCUGAGAGAUAUAUUUCCACUUUCAGCAAAAAGAUUGCGCCAUAUGCGUCUGUGAUUAUUAAUGGUAUAUAUUGGGCAAUUGACUCGCCAAAAUUACUAACAUUACCAGAUGCUAAAUAUUUACUAAGACCAGCUCAUACUCCUUGGUUACCCACGAGUGUCGGUGCUCCUGCGUUGCCUCACAGAAUGCUAGCUAUCUGUGAUAUAUCAGCUGAUCCUGGAGGCAGUAUCGAAUUCAUGAACGAGUGCACAACGAUCGACACGCCAUUUUGCCUGUAUGACGCUGACCGGAACAAGGAUACCAAAUCCUUUAAAGGUCCUGGAGUCCUAGUGUGUUCGAUAGACAACAUGCCAACUCAGCUUCCAAAGGAGUCCACGGAUUUUUUCGGAAACCUUUUGUAUCCAUACGUGGUGGAUAUUAUCCAAUCGGACGCGAGGUUACCAUUAGAGGAUCACAAGUUUUGUUCAGCGGUGCAUGAUGCAAUAAUUGCAUCGAAUGGAUGUUUAACUCCUAAUUUUGAGUAUAUUCAGGAGCUAAGGUUACUGAAUCAGCGUAGCAGACACAAAGCAGAUAACAAAGAAGCACAAAACAAAACGGUGAUUGUACUGGGUGCUGGCUAUGUUUCUGCCCCAUUGGUUGAAUACUUACAUAGAACCAGCAAUAUACGAUUGAUUGUUGCAUCUCAAUUCAAGGAAGAAGCUGAUGUACUAGCAAAUCAAUUCCCUGGGGUGGAACCCGUGUUUCUGAAUGUACUAGAACGACCAGAUACUCUGAGAGACAUUGUACAAUCUGCAGACGUUGUGGUUUCAUUGUUACCUUACUCUUUGCAUCAUGUUAUUGCAAAAGCUUGCAUAAGUGCUAAGACUCAUUUGGUGACUGCGAGUUAUAUGAACGAAGAGGUGAAAGCUUUGCACGAAGAGGCUGUAGCAGCAGAUGUAACAAUACUCAAUGAAAUAGGAUUAGAUCCUGGAAUCGAUCACCUAUUGGCCUUAGAAUGUUUCGACAGCGUGAAGCAAGCUGGGGGGAAAAUACAGUCUUUUGUGUCUUGGUGUGGAGGAUUACCUGCUCCAGAAUAUUCCGACAAUCCAUUACGGUAUAAAUUUAGUUGGUCACCAAGAGGAGUGUUGUUAAACACUUUAGCACCAGCGAAAUAUUAUUAUGAAAAGCAGGUGGUUGAAGUACCAGCAGGUGGAGACCUAAUGUCCGCUGCACAAGACUUAGAUUUUCUACCAGGAUUCGCUUUGGAAGGCUAUCCAAAUCGUGACAGUACAGUGUAUAAAGAAUUGUACGGAAUCAAUACUGCUAAUAUAAUGUUACGGGGCACGUUAAGAUUUAAAGGAUUCUGUGACACCGUACGAACUUUGCAAUACCUCGGACUUAUCGACCCGAAUCCUCAUCCAUGUUUACAUCCUAAUGGACCAGACAUAACGUGGAGAGUACUAAUAUGCAAUUUACUAGGCUUGGCGAACGAUAACAUUUUUUAUGAAAAUCUCAAACGAAAAUUAGGAGAAGUAUUAAACUCAGACGCUGCUGUACAAGUAGUUGAAGAUUUAGGACUUCUUAAGGAGGACUUGGUUCUGAAAUUAAACACUCCUCUCGAUACGUUAACACAUUAUUUAUCGAAAAAAUUGUGUUACGAGCCGAACGAACGCGACCUUGUGAUUUUGAGACACGAUAUCGGUAUACUCUGGCCUGAUAACAGACGAGAAACGAGAGGAAUUAAUUUGGUGUUGUACGGAGACGUGAAAGGACACUCUGCAAUGGCGCGAACGGUUGGGUAUCCGGCUGCUAUUGCUGUCAAAAUGAUUCUUGAUGGUGAGAUUCAACAAAGAGGCGUAGUACUUCCAUUCACAGCAGAUAUUUAUCGACCUAUAUUGAAUCGUUUGAAAGCAGAAGGAAUGGAAUUUUUUGAAACAUCCAAAUGGGAAUAACCCGUAUUGAUUAGUAAUU